AUGCAGGCGUUGUCGUCUGCGGCUUCUCCAGAGUCUUUGAAGCGGGUGAUUCGUAGUGGUCAGCAGGAGUUACAGACGUUGAUAGAACACAUAAUCAGUUUGCAAGCGGAGUUGGAGGAGCGUGCUGUGGAUCGGUCGCGAUUGAUUAUAUUAGAAGGUCAAUUGGUGGAGAUUGAGAAGUUGCACCGGUUAACUUUGGAGUCUAUUGGAAUGGCGGAGCAAGGAUUGUUGGGUGGUGGUGUAGCGACGGCGACUAGGUUGACGGAGGUGUCGAGGACUCUGGAGCACAGGUAUAUAAAGCAGCGCGGCUUGUUACAGGAGCAACUUAAGAAAAAGCAAAAAGCUCAGGUCUUCUCCGGUGGUCCAAUCGACCUACGACCGGGCGACGCAGAACUGCUCAAUGAGUCGAUGGUACUGGAUCUCAGUCUACAACAAAUUGAUGAAACCGUUUCCACCGCCCGCUCAACCAUCGGCAACCUCCGAAACCAAGGUCGUAUCCUUAGUCGUGUACGCAAAGGAACCGCUCGUGCUAUCGCUUCAUCCAUGACCGCGUCCUACGUUGUCGACCGGAUACGACGACUGGAAUCUAAACAAAGGUUCGUCCUCCUAUCGGUGUUCAGCUGUCUUGUAUUCUUGACCCUUUUUUAUUUAUACCGCUUUAAAUUGUAA